AUGUCAUUCCAUGCCGUCGUGCGCAGGGCGGCACUUCAUCAUGUCGCUCCUCUUUGCGGGACAACAGGAGCAAAGACGAGCGCCGCAGCCGCCUCCCCCUUGACCUUUUUUGGUGGUUUUGGCGGUCGCCGUUUUGGCACCGAGACGAUAUUGGUGAGUGUGCGUUGCAUUAGUUGGAACCCGGCGAAUUGGGUGGGAAACUCCCCCGUGGGAAGAGAGUCACACCGCCAAAUCGAGGACGAAUUGCCUGAUGUCUUUGCGCAGCAGCCGCAGGAAGUGGAUGACUUUAUUCGCCCAGAGAAAAGCGUUUUUGAGCGACUCGAGGACUUUUGGGAUUGGAUUGUGAGCUUCAUGCAGCCAGUGGAGAAGCAGUUGGAGGUUAUGCGCAGCCUGCGGCAUAGCGGUUUCCUUGGGUUUGAUUUUGGGACCUGGGGUAAUGUGUUUUUUUUCUACGGUAUCGUCAUGCGACUGUGCACCCUUGUGCCCUCCCUUUACAGCCACCGAAACGCGCUACGGAUGAGUUACAUUGGCCCUCAGAUUUCGGAGAUAACCAACAACCAAAACCGUGUCAAGAAUGAUCGCACACUUAGUACUGCAGAGAAACGUGUGAUUAAAGAUGGUUACAAUCGAAUGAAGUAUGCGCUGAUGAAAAAACAUGGAUGUGCGCAGUGGAAGAGCUUUUUUACAAUGCUGACUGCCCCUAUUACAAUGUCAGCCUUUUUUUCUAUUCGUCGCCUAGCAGUGUAUGAGUCGGACCUGGAGAUGGCACCGUUUCUGUGGGUGAAGGAUUUGACAAUGCCGGACCCCACAUACGGGUUGCCGCUUAUUUGUGCGGGCAUGUUUUUAGUGAACUUUGAGUUAAACCAGCAAAUGCAGCGUGGUGGACGAAGCUCCUCCGGUAUUUACAUUCGUUGGGCUGUGCGGGCCGCGUCUCUUGUAGGCGUCUACGUGUUUGCGUCACAGCCCUCUGCUAUGUUUGCCUACUGGAUUGGUCUGUCGACUGCGGGACUGCUGCAGCCGCUGCUGCUGCGUUGGCAGCCUUUCCGUGAAUUCUUUCAGUUUCCGGAUCCUCCGCAGGCCGCCAAGUCACAAAUUAUCGCGGAGGUGAAAGGACUGUCAAUGGUGGAGCGGUUGUUUUUGUCGAAGGAGGAAAAAUUGCGACGUGAGAAGGAUCGACAGGCGCUUUGGGAGGAAAGAAGCAAGAAGAAAUUUGAGAGAGUGGAAGACUACGAUGACGUCUCAUUUGACGUGGACGAGGAUCUUUCCAAAUCAACGAGGAAGCACUAA